AAGAAUCAAGCAAAAACAAUUCACGAUAUGUCAUGCAUGACCUCAUUAAUGAUUUAGCACGAUGGGCAGUAGGUGAAAUAUGUUUUAGAUUGGAAGAUAAGCAAGGUGAUAACUUGCAAAGCACUUGCUUUCGAAGGGCUCGCCAUUCGUCUUUCAUUGCUGGUCAAUUUGAUGGAGUUAUGAGAUUUGAGGACUUUCCAAAAGCUGAACGUUUACGAACAUUCCUGCCACUUUCACUUUCAGAUUCCAGGGGAUGGUACAAAUAUUUGUCUCGUAAGGUUACUUUUGAGUUAUUACCACAGUUGCAAUACUUACGAGUGCUCUCUUUCAAUGGCUACAAAAUAACUGAGCUGUCAAAGUCAAUCGGUGAUUUGAGGUUGUUACAGUAUCUUGACCUAUCCUACACAUUGAUAACCAGUUUGCCCAAAUCAACAAGCACUCUUUACUACUUGCAAACAUUGAUAUUGGAAGGUUGUUAUAAAUUGAAGUCAUUGCUUGCGGACUUGAGCAAUCUAAUUAAGUUGCGCCAUCUCAACAACUCAGGUGUAUAUUCGUUGGAAAGAAUGCCUUCGCAACUAGGUCGAUUGACGAAUCUACAAUCACUGCCUCUUUUUGUGGUGAGCGAAGGUAGUGAUCAGUCAGGGAUAAGAGAGAUAGGGCCCCUAUUGCAUCUCCGAGGGACAUUGUGCCUCUCAAAAUUGGAGAAUGUGAUUGAUGUUGAGGAUGCCAGGAGGGCCAACUUGAAAUGCAAGGAGAGGCUUGAUUCGUUGGUCCUAGAAUGGUCUCGUUCAAGGGACACAAGAGAAACGGAAUCCAUUGUGCUUGGCAUGUUACACCCUCAUAGAAAGAUCAAGGAGCUCACCAUCAAGAGUUAUGCCGAAAAGAAAUUUUCAUCAUGGGUUGGAGGUUCUUUCUUCUCUAAUAUGGUGCUUGUGCGCUUAGAGGAAUGUAACAAUUGUUUAUCGUUGCCACCUCUCGGACAAUUGCCUCAACUCAAAGAGCUCUAUAUUAGAGGAAUGAAUGCGGUGGAAAGUGUUGGUGCUGAGUUUUAUGGCGAGUGUGUCUUGGCUUUUCCGUUGUUAGAGAUUCUCGAGUUUGUGGAUAUGCAGCAUUGGAAGGUGUGGCUUCCCUUCCAACUGGAUCACGGAAGUGGUGUUUUCCCUUGCCUGGAAAGGCUUUCAAUAAAAAAAUGUUCCAAGUUGGAAGGUAAGCUGCCAGAGAAGCUCGAUUUGUUAGCCAAACUUGAAAUUGUUAAAUGUGAGGAAUUGGUGGUUUCGAUUGCCAACUACAAACAACUUCGUCAAAUAAACAUUGACGGUUGUAAAGUAUUGGUACAUACAGAUGCUAAGGUUGAGUUUGAGUUAUUAGAGUCCUUGUGGCUUUCAAACAUUUCGGAGGUGAUGUCUUUGCAAACAGGGGAAUUGUUCAGGAAGGGAUUAAGCAAGGUUAGAGAUUUGAAGAUCAGUGGAUGUGAGAAGCUGACGUCUUUAUGGAAGAAUGAGGGUAGAUUAUUGCGGCGGUUGACUUGUCUUGGCCGUUUGGAAAUUGAAGACAACUCUCGUCUAGUUGAAGAAUUGGGAAAAGAAGCAGAGGAGUUGCGGCAAUUGGAAAUAUUGGAGUGCAAGCUUGAAUGUCUGGAGUUAAAAAAGUGCGGAAAUCUUUUAAAGCUACCAAAAGGGUUAAAUCAGUUGUCGUCUCUUCAAGAGCUUCGCAUAUACAAAUGUUCAUCUCUAGUUUCUUUUCCAGAUGUUGGUCUGCCACAUUCUCUUAAAAACAUCGAGAUUAUAGAGUGCGAUUCGUUGAUAUAUUUUGCAAAAUUCCAGAUUCCCCAAAAUCUCAGAAGAAUAGGGAUAAGAGGUUGCAAAAGUUUGAAAUCACUAGUAGAUGAGGAGGGUGUUGGUUCUUCUCAUGGUUGUCUUGAGUACUUGGAUAUCCAAGGAUGUAAAUCUCUGACGUCGUUAUCAUUGAGUGGUCAGCUCCUCAAGACACUUAAACACCUCGGGAUAUCUGGUUGUGAACAACUGGAGUUAAUCGCACAGGACGGGUUCUUGUACGACAACACUAAUUACUGUCUUGAAUAUUUUAGGAUAUGGAUAUGUGAAAAUCUGAAAUCCUUACCGGAUGGCUUAUGCCACCUCAGCAAUCUUCAACAGCUACGUAUUUACAAAUGUGGAAGUCUUGUUUCCAUCCCGAGACUGAGUGGGGGGAGAAGACCUUCCAACCUGAGACAUUUGAGCAUCGACUACCGUGAAGGUUUGACUUUUCCUCCCAACCUAACAUCACUUGAUAUUAGGAAGGUAAAGAGCUAUAAGUCAUUGUGGGAGUUGGAAUUGUGGGGGUUGCACAAACUCACCUCUCUUAUAAUGGAUGGUGAAGAAGACCCGGAUACGGUGUCGUUUCCACCCGACAUGGUCCGCAUGGAGACGCUCUUCCCCAAAUCUCUCACUCGACUCAGAAUAGUUGGCUUCCCGAAUCUGAAGAAACUGAGCAGCAAGGGCUUUCAAUUCCUCACCUCCCUUCAAUCUCUGUGGCUCUUCAAUUGUCCAAAGCUAGCAUCCAUUCCAGAGGAGGGUCUGCCUCCUUCACUAGAGGAACUUGGCAUCAUUAGGUGUCCAGUGCUAAAAGAGAGAUGCCAACCAGGAAAAAGACGCUACUGGCACAAAAUAUCCCACAUCCCUUACAUAGAGAUGGGUGUUAACGAGAUAUGAAGCUGAUGGUCCGGGUAUCAUUUUCUUGAGGAAUGUUUUAAUAUUAAUAUUAUUAUUAUUAGUAAUCAUGUUUAUUCUUGUAAAGUAAAGUAAUCCACAAUAUUUGCAUUUUUUUUUGGGGUAAACGAUUGCUAUGUUUGCUUGGUCCCUUUUAAACUGAUUUGUAUUAUAACUUUAUAAAUGUGCUACUCUUUCUCCUAAGUUUGGAGUUUUUCCCAUUCAGUUUUCUCCCUGCAAGAUUUUAACCAGGCCACUUAAA